AUGUCGCGGUCCAACGUGAUUGUGCUUGAUAAUGGUACAGGAUAUACGAAAAUGGGCUUUGCCGGCAAUUCAGAGCCGUCUUUUGUGUUCCCCACAGCGAUUGCUACUGCGUCGUCGAGUGCCGGGGGCCAAUCUAGCAUCGGUGGACGCCCCUCCGUUCCAUCAAAGCCUAGUGGUAUGAGUACCUCGUCGCUUGUAUCGAAGCGUGGGAUCGAUGAUCUAGACUUUUUUAUUGGUGACGAGGCGUAUGCGAAUGCCAAAACGUACCAGGUGCACCAGCCGAUCCGUCAUGGAGUGGUGGAAAAUUGGGACUUGAUGGAGCGCUUUUGGGAGCAGAGUAUUUUCAAGUACCUGCGUGCGGAGCCGGAAGAAAACUACUUUAUGUUGACUGAGCCACCGCUCAACCCGCCUGAAAAUCGUGAGGCUACGGCCGAGAUCAUGUUUGAAUCGUUCAAUAUCAAAGGGCUGUACAUUGCCGUGCAGGCUGUGCUUGCUCUGGCAGCUAGCUGGACGAGCAACAAGGUGACAGAUCGCACACUCACCGGUACAGUGAUCGACAGUGGUGAUGGCGUUACGCACGUCAUCCCCGUGGCAGAAGGCUACGUCAUUGGCAGUGCGAUUAAGCAUAUUCCGCUGGCUGGUCGCGACAUUACAUACUUUGUGCAACAGCUCUUGCGUGAGCGUGGUGAGUCAGCCAACAUCCCCGCAGAGGAUGGCCGGCGCGUGGCCGAGAAAAUCAAGGAGGACUACUCGUACGUGUGCCAGGACAUUGUGCGUGAAUUCCGCCGCUACGACGAGGACCCGUACAAGUACUUUGAGCGCUAUCAGGGCGAAAAUACUGUCACGGGCCGUCCCUAUACGGUGGAGGUGGGCUAUGAGCGCUUCUUGGCGCCUGAAAUCUUCUUCAACCCAGAGAUGGUGUCGUCCGACUUUCUCACACCGCUGCCCGAGGUCGUGGAUACGGUGAUCCAGCAGAGCCCGAUUGAUGUCCGCCGUGGUCUCUACAAAAACAUUGUCUUGUCGGGUGGCUCCACCAUGUUCCAGCACUUUGGCCAGCGCCUCAAAAAGGACUUGAGUUCUAUUGUGAGUGAGCGCCUUGCUGCGUCCGAGGCAGCCAGUGGCAACUUGGCGCGCAGCUCGGGUCUCGAUGUGAACGUGAUCUCACAUCGUAUGCAGCGCUAUGCCGUCUGGUACGGUGGGUCGUUGCUAGGCUCUCUGCCUGAUUUCUACUCGUUCUGCUACAAUAAACAUGACUAUGAGGAGCACGGGCCCAGUAUCGUGCGCAAGUUUAGCGUAUUUGGUGGUGUAUAG